AUGUAUAAAUAUAUGAAAUUAAUAAAAUAUUACCUUCUUGAUCAUAUUGUAUUCCUUCUAGGUUCAACAAAUGAAUUGAAGCUCUUGGCUUAUCAAGAUAAUUCCAACAGGGAUUCGAAAAAAUCCACAGAAAGACCAAAUGAUGGGAGAUAUUCUUGUACAAUUACUAGCAAUUUUUUUGAAAAUAAUUCUGAUUCCAAUACUUUGACUUGCAAAAUUGAAUGCGUCAAUGACGAAACUUUGGAAAUCAAGGAAGAACUCAUCGAAGAUCAAGAGACUACACCCGACAAUCGUCUCAAACUGUACGAAUCAAAAUUCUGUUCCAUAUAUAUGAAUGAAGAUAAUACUUUUGCCGCUAAAAAUAAAGUGCGGAGUCCAAAGAAGCAGUGUAUUCAGAAAUUGAAACUGGUAAAGAAGUAUGAAUGCAAAAAGUGUGCUCGACCCUAUAAACAUGGAAAAAGUUUGGCUCAUCAUCUAAAAUACGAAUGCCACGCGACACCACGGUUCAAGUGUAAUUUCUGCGGCAAUCAGUUUAAACGAAACUGUAAUAUGAUUCGCCACGUUCAUAGGGUACAUCUUAAAACAAAUUUACAAACAUCGAAAAUGAUACAUAAUUGCGACAAAUGUUCUCGAACCUUCAGAUCCUCAGCUACCCUCGAUCGACACAAACGUGUAGAUCAUGCUGGAAUCAAACCAGUAUUUAACUGCGAUUUUUGCGGUUACAACAAUAAACGCAAAGCUUACCUGUCAAAACAUAUUACUUCAAAACAUCUCAAUAAGUAAUAAGUAUUACGCACGCGAGACUUCAAUCCUUAAAAGAAAUUUCUUAUACUUCAAAACGUGGAAUUAAUCCACUUUUUCUUUAUUUUGAGUCCCAUAUUAGUUUGUAUCAUAUGUAUUUCUGUACGUAUUAUUUAUCUCAAUAGAACAGUAAUUUGAUAUCGUAAUUAUUUUUAAGAAACUAUAAUUCCUUGGUGUUACCCCGCAUGUAGGAAAAAAUACCGACGACGCCUUUUUUAUGAAAUAGAAAUAUCUUAUGAUGUACAAAUGUAAUAGUUGGAUAUCUUAGUAUUUUAUGCAUAGGAAAUGUUACCCUAUUAAAAUUAGUGACAGCUGUGGUAUAAUUACUUAUUCGUUUUAAGGUUAAUCUUUGAAUGUACUAUCUAAUAUUAUUGACCAAAUUUGUGUUAGAUUGACCUCCAAGCAUUUCGUAACUAUUUUCUUUGCUGCUGUUUUCUCAAUGGUAGCACUUAGCUAUUUCUUUAAUUUAAUAUUGCAAUAAUAAUUUAAUAUUGCAGUCCUCACAUCUACCGUGAGUCGUCGCCUUAUUUUUGUCAAGCGACGUUCAUUGGCUGUCCCGACCUUGUAUCGAUGUUCGAUGAAUAUAAUAAAAUCAAAAAACGACUGAAAUAUUUUUCGGAAUAGUGAGUAUUGUAGCAUGACGUCAUGGUCAUGUUAGGAUAGUUAGAAAUCUCAGAAAGUGUAGCACAGUUCUAAGCAUGGGACUGCAUAAGCCUUUUUGGAGAAAAUAUUCUACAUGUAAAAGUAAGCUACAAAGGUAUGAAUGGCAAUAUUUUUCAAGUAUAGAAUUCAUUCGCGCAAUUCUGUUUUACCCUUUUAUCGGUAAAACACUUUGAGUUUCACGAAAUACAAUCAACUAUCGAAAAUCUCAGGUUAGUGAACCCGAUCUGAUACACUCACCUGAAAUUUUUUAUAUUUUAUUUCUUGUCACGUAAGUACGUCAAUCACCUCUUUUUAAUUAGUCAGCCAUUGAAUCAGGCGCUGUCAUACAGGGACCGAGGUGGUGGGUGACGGAACUGUUCAGUUUUAAAUAGGCCAGCAUGGGGGACUUGAAAUAGUUAGGCCUUGAAAUAGAUGCGUCUUAAAAUACGCAAGAGUUGUCUGUAUUAAGAAAUAAUAGCGUCAUUUGCCAAAUCCCAAUUACUUCGUUCUGACCUUAAUAAAAUGCCUGUAUAACUUAUAUAACUAUUUUUGAUAAUUACUAUAUAAUU